AUGUUACCUGGAAAACUAGCUUUUGUGACCGGAGCCGGAGGAGGCAUCGGUCGAGCRAUUUGUCGUGUGAUGGCUAGAGAAGGUGCUACAGUAGUAGCGGCAGACUUAAAUAUAAACAAUGUACAGACCACUGUUGAAGAGCUCACAGGGGAAGGUCACAAAAGUUAUCAAUUGGAUGUGUCCAAUGUUGAGUCUGUCACAAGUGUAUUAAAACAAGUGUUUACGGAUUAUUCUGGGCCACCAACUAUAGUGGUUAAUGCUGCAGGAAUUACAAGAGACAAUUUCAUGUUAAAAAUGUCUGUGCAAGAUUUUGAUAAUGUGUUUAAUGUUAAUGUAAAGGGAACUUUUCUUAUCACUCAAACCAUUUGCAAAGAACUGGUGGAGAAGAACUUGCCUGGUUCCAUAGUGAAUAUUGGAAGUAUAGUUGCACAACGUGGUAACAUAGGACAGUGCAAUUACUCGGCUAGUAAGGCUGCCGUUGAAGUCUUCAGUAAAACAAUAGCAUUAGAAAUGGCAAAGUAUAACAUCAGAUGUAACACUGUGUUGCCGGGGUUUACAACCACUCCUAUGACUGACAUGGUACCUGAGAACCUUAAAGAAUAUUUUAAGUCUGUUAUUCCCUUGAAGAGGUUUGCCAACUCUGAAGAAAUAGCGGAAGUAGUUACUUUUUUGGCAUCUGAAAAGAGUUCAUACGUUACUGGUACGUCAAUUGCAGUUAGUGGCGGUUAUUAAGGCGAUUAUGUAGCAUUGUAGCUGAUGAUACAGGAAAAAAUUUAGGUGAAACAUCUUUUUUUUUUCUUGUUUUGUUAUUGUUUUAUGGGCAUACUGUAUCAAUUCUAAUAUUAUAAAUAGUCUUUAUAUUUUUCAUUAAAAGUACAUUAGACCCACUUAUAUAAUCUUAUCUUGGUCUUACAAAUUUAAAACUAAAUAAAAACUGUUUCGUGCUGGAAAGAAGCGAGAAGACUACAGGUAUAACUAAGAAAAAAUAUUUUAACCACAUAAAAAAAAAGGGUUAGGUUCAGAACCUUUUCUGAAAUCUUAAUUACAAAAACAGACAAACAGUUAUUUAAGUUUGAAAUACACAAAAAAUAUAUACUUUGAAACAAUAAGUGAUUCAAAAAUAAAAACAUUAUUUCACAGAUAAUGUUUUCAAUAUGUGAAAAUGUGUGGAUYAAUUCGGAAAUUUUAACUAUUAUUUUUGACCAAGUAGUUUUUCCUGCGCUAAACAGUUUAUACAUUUAUAAGAUAUAGACAACACAUAUAAUGUGGGUGUAAUGUCCUUUUAAAUAUUUUAAAUUAAAAAAAAAAAAAUACAUCAAUAUUUUAGUUAUAUUUAACUAACUGAUGAU